AUGAGUCCAUUCACCUUCAAAACUACGAACCACCCAUCUGUCCAGGCAAAACUCGGCAGUCCAGUGAAUUCGAGCUUCAUGGAGAGCCUGUUAGAUCAGCCGGGGCCGAUCAAUAUCAAGACAAUUGGUGCCGAUUGGGUUGCCAACUUGUCUGGAUUGCUUAAUCUGAAUGACCCCAAGGCCGUACAGGCGGGUCUCAAAGAACGCCGAGAGCCGAUUAAAAUAUUUGCCCAUACUAUACGGCACCCCUCUCAUGGCUUCUUUUUGGUCGACACGGGUGUAUCACGGCGUUUUGUGACUGAUCCUGAAGCAGCAGGAGUUGGUUGGGUCCUACGGAAAUAUGCCGGUAUAAGCGACAUGAAGGUUCAGCAAAGCACGAAGGAAAUUAUUAACGCUGAGGGUAUAGAUCUGAAGGGGGUUUUCAUGACGCAUCUUCAUCUGGACCACGUUUCGGGACUGCCAGAUAUUCCAAAGGAUGUUCCUAUCUAUGUUGGACCCCAUGAAGCAGAUUCAGGGCUGUUCAUGAAUGUGGCUGUUCAAGGUACAAAUGAUCGACUUCUUGCUGGACGGCCGCCACUGCAAGACUUUAAUAUACCCAGGGAUACAGACGAUAAGUUUGAAGGAGUAAUCGACAUUUUCGGAGACGGCACGUUGUUUGCCAUUCACAGCCCUGGCCACACAACAGGGCACAUCGCUCUCGUCGCUCGCACGCCAGCAGGUCCGGUGCUUAUGACAGGCGAUGUGUGCCACACCCGCUGGGGCUGGGACCACGGCGUCGAACCAGGGAGCUUUCUCAAAGACAGGGAACCCAGCCGUAAAAGCCUGUUCGCACUCAAGGCGUUCAGCGAGCGUCACCCGGACAUGGAGAUAAAGCUGGGUCACCAAUUUUGA